AUGGAUUCUAACUCUGCCGGAGGCUCUGGCUCGAGCAACUCGAGUGACUUUGUUCGUAAACUGUACAAGAUGCUGGAAAACCCCAGCGAUGAAAGCGUAGUCAGGUGGGGAAAUGAUGGCGAUAGUUUUGUCGUGCUGGAAAACGAGAAAUUCACGAAGCAUAUUCUUCCAAAACACUUCAAGCACAGCAACUUCGCCAGUUUCGUCCGUCAGUUGAACAAGUACGAUUUCCACAAAGUGCGACACAACAACGAGGAGAACGGGCAGUCGCAGUAUGGCCCUGGUGCGUGGGAGUUCAAGCACCCUGACUUCAAGAUGAACAACAAAGACGCGCUCGACAACAUUCGGAGGAAGGCACCAGCUCCACGCAAGCCCAACCAGGCGAACUCUGACGAUAUUGGCAUGCCUUCGCAGCAAAUGGACAUGGUCAGCGGACAGUUGAUGGCAACACAGGCGCAACUGCACACUUUGGAACAACGCUACAACGAGCUUAGCAUCCACCACUCGAUGCUGCUACAGGAAGUCAUCGGCCUGCAGAAGACCGUUGUCAAUCAUGAGCAUGUCAUGCAGAAUGUGAUGACGUUCUUGCACGGUAUAGACUCACAACAGCGCAGGAAUAGCAAGCUGCUGUUCGCACAGAACGGCGCGCCAGCACCAGGCGGCAAUGCUGAGCCCCCGACGCAAGCUAACGAUGAUGACCACCCAGCAUCGCCGUUACAACACGCCUCAAAGCUCCUGAGCGAGACUAACGCCGAUGUCAUGCUGAACCCAAGGAACCUGGAACACAUGAACGAGAUCACUAUGAGGAUGAACGGCACGUUGACAACACCACCCCCAGAUGUGCUGCGUGCUGGCACCAGACCUACUAGCCGUGGACCACCCUCAGCCACUUCGACGGGCUCUAUGCGCCUCGAAAACCUCGACAACCUUGUCUAUCCCGUCGGCCAGAACAAUGGAAUUGACCCAAUGUAUAGUGAGCACAUCAACAAUAUCCCAUAUGCAAUGCCACCUAAAGCGCCAGAAGCUGGAGAGACCAAGCCUGUGGAGGUCAGGAAGAAAGGUCAAUUCGCGGACCCUGGUUGGAUCCGCCCGCCGCAGAUUCUGUUGGUCGAGGAUGACCCUACCUGUCGCCGUAUCGGAAGCAAAUUCCUAUAUGCUUUCCAUUGUGCCAUCGAUAGUGCCCUCGAUGGACUUGAAGCUGUCAACAAGAUGAACGCUGGAUCCAAAUACGACCUAGUGCUUAUGGAUAUCAUUAUGCCAAACCUCGACGGUGUUUCUGCCUGCCAUCUGAUACGACAAUUCGAUACUACGCCCAUAAUUGCCAUGACAUCGAACAUCAGAAGCGAUGACAUCUCCAUGUACUUCCAGCAUGGUAUGAAUGAUGUGUUACCGAAGCCGUUCACGAAAGAGGGUUUGCUUCACAUGCUUGAGAAGCAUCUUGUGCACCUAAAGAAGCCAUCGCCGCACGGCGACGCAAUGCCGGCACCACAACCAGUACAGGUGGCUCGGCAGCUCAUUUUGAAGGAAGAAGACUCACCCGCAAAGUCGCCGGCGACUGUUAGCAACUGGAACUCACCGAGCCAGCUACCUGGAGUUUCUCCUGUUGGAAGCAACAUGACUGAUGAGUACGCCCAAGGCUUACAAGUCCAGGCUCCACAUCAUCCUGGGGCCUAUGGUGUUAAUACUAUGCAACCACCCAUGGGCUAUAAUACAUCGCCUCAGAUUGCCCUCCAAGCUAGACAACAGCAGCAGCAGCUACCUCCGGCUGGCCAUCGAAGACAGAUAUCGGACAUAUCCGGAGGGGACGAUAUGAACAAUCCGGCAAAGCGACAACAAAUGUACCCACCACAGAUGCCGCCGCAAAUUAAUCCAAUGCAGCCGAGACCACGAUGA